AUGAGACACCUCGCGCUAUCGGCGCUUGUUGCCAGCCUUUGGAGCUUCGUGCUCGUCAGUGGCCAGCAGAACCUUUCUUCCAGAGACAGCAGUUGCCAAAAAGAAGACAGAACCUACAGCCCCGAGGUGCCCCGAGCUGGCAGCUACCAGCCAUGGGCACUCAUUCCGUUUGGAAAGGUGGGCUUCCCGGCCAAGCAAUACAUCACCAUCGUCAACCUCACCCCCCACCGCUUUGUCCUGGACAAGGGAGCCACCCACUCGUACCAGAUGGACAUUUUCGACUGGGAUGACAUUCCCCAGGGCCGCUCACGCCAAAAUGUGGCCAAGUAUACUUCCAAGGCUGGCAAAAACCACGUCGACGACAAUGGCGAGGCGUAUUAUUCCAUUCAGGGAGCCAACAAGAAGUUCAUGGUCCGCACGACCACCCAUAUCCCUGAUGACUACCCUCGCCGGACUAUUUUCGAUUUGAGCGGGAUGGGCCUUGGCCAGCGCGAGUACUCUGAUCCUGGCAAGGAGUCCCCGGUGACGCUCGUUAUCACUGGUAGUGACUCUUACGGUUUCAAAGCAUCCCUCCGUCAUGGCCCUGGGAAUUGGAUGAAGGGAAUUUAUGAUGUUAUCAAAGAUCGUCAAGUCCAGCACCUGUUCCUUCCUGGUACACAUGACGCGGGAAUGAGCCGAAUCAGCGGCAAUCUAGCUUCCCUUGGUUCUGCGCCCAAUACUCAGACGCAGGGCCUUACCAUCUACGAUCAACUGCGCGCCGGCUCGCGUCUCUUUGAUUUGCGUGUGGGUACGGUUCACAAUGCGACGGACACCAGCAAGUACGGCUACUGGAUCCUGCAUGUCAACAACGAAAAGGCCGAUGUCGCCAUUGGCAACAGCGGGGAGGCUCUUGAUGAAGUCAUUCAGGAAGUCAACCAGUUCACUGCAGAGAAUCCCGGCGAACUUGUCUUUUUCCGUGUUCGGUACCUAAUUGGCAUCCGCAAUAUCCCCAGCUUUGGGCCCAUUUACUGGACAGCCGACAUGGUCAACGAGUUCUUCGGCAAGCUCAAGGGCGUCAACAACCGCUGCGGCAAUCUUGACAUGAACACCAAGUUCAACAAGCAAAAGGCGUCCUACUUCAUGGACCAAAACGGCGGCAAAGGCUGUGUUUUGUUCUUGCUCGACACUUCAAACUUAAAAGAUGACGUUCCCCACGACUCUAUUGGAGAUGGUAUCUACAAGACGGAAAUGAUGGAUGUUUGGGACAAUUGGUCCAACCUGCCCGACACCGAAAAGGUCGCCAACGACCAGACGACAAAGUGGAAAACUGUCGGACGGUCAGGCAAUUUCAACAACGACCAGUUCCUCAUCGGCCAGUGGAUCAUCAGCGCGGACCCCUUCACGACGACGGCGCUCACCAUUGAGCAGAUGGCGAUCCAGCCGACGAAUCCUGCUCUGUACUGGAUGGGCCUGAACAACAUGAGCCCCGAGGUCUUCCCCACCGUCGCGCUGGUCGACUACAUCGGUGUCGUCGUCGACGGGCGCCACAGCUGGGAUCAGCUCAGCGCCGAAAUGUACACUCUAGCCAUCGGCAUGAACCUGUACAUGAUAAGCGAAAACUGCGACAUUAGCAAGCAGCGCUCGCCGCUUCUGCCGAGAGAGAAUACGUUUGUGAUGAGUCUGCAGCCUGAUUCCAGCCCGAAGAAGAUUAUACCGCUGUGGAAUGGCAUUAUUUACGAAAACGGCACAGUUGUCAACAAUCCUGCCAAUGGCACUCACCCGGGUCGUGUACCAAUCCUCAAGAGCGGCACAGUCUUCCUCAACGGAACAGUUGUGUUCCAGGACAGAAUCAACCCGCGAUUCGCCACGGCUUAG